AUGGAAAGCAAAACUUUUCUUCAAGUCCUAUGCUUGGCCAUUGUUGGUCUUGGCUUUGCAAGUGCAGAGGUUCCGGCUAUUUUUGUAUUGGGAGAUUCGACAGCUGAUGUUGGGACUAACAAUUUCUUGCCAGGAUUCAAAGCGAGGGCUGACUUUCCCCCCAAUGGCAUUGAUUUUCCCUCCUCUAGACCAACUGGAAGGUUCAGUAAUGGUUUUAACAGUGCUGAUUUUCUAGCUAUGCUAAUGGGAUUCAAGAGAAGCCCGCUACCUUUCUUUGCUCUCGCUGACAAUCCAAAAUUGCUCAAACGGCCUAGCUUCCGAGGAGUAAAUUUUGCCUCUGGAGGGUCUGGCAUUCUUGACAUAACCGGGCAAACUGCGUUAACCAGCUCGCUGAGCGGUGUUAAGAAUGUUGUCCCACUACGAGAGCAGAUUGAGCAACUUUCUGCAGUCCAUGAAAAUCUUACAGCUAUUAAGGGUUCAGUAUAUACAGAAAUUCUUUUCUCAAGGUCACUGUUCUUCAUUAGCAUUGGUAGCAACGAUCUUCUUAGUUAUUUCUAUUCAAACAGUAGUGUACCCAAGCAAGACUUCAUUUCUGCUUUGGGACUUGAAUACGAAAAACAAAUAAUGAGUAUCCUCGAGCUUGGAGCAAAGAAGAUUGGUAUUAUUAGUGUUCCACCAGUUGGUUGCUGCCCAUCACAAAGGGCUGUCAAUGAAAGUGGGGGCUGUUUGGUGGGUUUGAAUGACCUUGCUUUAGAAUUUCAUUCAACAAUCAACGCCCUCCUGAUGAAGCUCGGCUCAGAAUAUACAGACCUAAAGUAUUCACUUGGAAACACAUAUGAGAUGACCAUCAAUGUGAUAGACAACCCUUUUCCAUUCGGAUUUAAGGAGGUGCAAACUGCUUGUUGUGGAGUCAAGAGGUUCAAUGGCGAAGGCAUCUGUGACAAAAAUGCAAAUCUUUGUCUGAAUCGCCAUGAAUACUUGUUCUGGGAUUUAUUCCAUCCUACAAUGACUGCUUCAAAACUAGCAGCUCUAACCCUCUAUGCUGGUGAACCGCGAUUUGUAUCCCCAAUUAAUUUCAAACAGUUGGCUGAGGCUUGA